CAGGGCUCUGUGGGUCUCCUGCGCGGCGGUGUGUGUGUGCGCGCGCGCACCUCAGUGUCGCUGGACGAGCACAGAGAGAGGACGCGCACGUCAGGACGAGCAUGUUUUUGACGACAAAGUGGAACAUGGAUGCCUUUUAAGAAAGAAAAAGAAAAACAAACACCAUUUUGAACGAAGGCUUCUUUCGUGAUGCGUUGGCGGACUUGAAAACGACCUCCUCCAAGGUUUGUGGUCCCCCCCGCCCCCCCGAGGUGACGGCCCAAUGCUGAGCUUCUAAAUCAGCGCCUCAGCUGUCGAAUUAUGGGUAACCGGGUGAGCGACAUGUCGCCCACCGGCUCCUUCCUGCCCAGCUUCCAGCGUGUGCACGUGGUGGUGAUCGGGCUGGACUCUGCUGGGAAGACCUCUCUGCUCUACAGGCUCAAGCUGAAGGAGUUUGUGGAGACCAUCCCCACCAAGGGCUUCAACACGGAGAAGGUUAAGGUGGCAGUGGGCGGCUCCCGGACCGUCACCUUCCAGGUGUGGGACGUGGGCGGCCAGGAGAAGCUGCGUCCUCUGUGGAAGUCGUACACUCGGCGCACGGACGGGCUGGUCUUCGUGGUGGACGCCUCCGAGACGGAGCGCAUGGAGGAGGCCAAGGUGGAGCUCCACAAGAUCAGCCGCAGCUCGGAGAACCAGGGCGUGCCCGUGCUGAUUCUGGCCAACAAGCAGGACCUGGACGCGGCGCUCCCCGUGGGCCAGGUGGAGAAGCUGCUGGCCGUGCACGAACUGAGCGCGUGCACGCUGCACCACGUGCACAGCUGCAGCGCCGUGGACGGUCAGGGGGUGCAGCAAGGCCUGGAGAAACUCUAUGACAUGAUCUUGAAGAGGAAGAAGUUGGUCAAGCACAGCAGGAGCAGGAGGAGAUGAAGACCUGCUUGGUCCACCUUCAGGAAGCACAAUCCCACACGGCCUCGGCAGAAUUAAUUAUCACCAGAAAAUCCAACCAGUGUUGACAAAUAAAGCUAAUCUUUAAUUAGUCUUCCAUAAGUACUUUUUUUCCUACUACAUGCCUGCUAAUACGCACAUCUGUUAUCCCUGCACAGUCCAAUAAAUACUAAAAACUGCCUUGAUUGACACCUCCUUCAUUUAACGUAGUGGUUGUAGUUUGCAGCGGUGUCUCAUAUUCGAUAAGAACGCACCUUUUAUACUCACGUGGCACCAAAAUAGUCAAGAUAUGAUUAUUGGCUUGCACAGACCAAACAAGUCGAGCUCGGACGUGGAAGAAUGAAGAAUGGCUGGAUAAGCUGCACUUCCUCUGUCAUUUUUUUUUUAUCAAUUCGCAGUGAGCAAAAAAAAAAAAAAUCUGUGUUUUCGACAAUGUACAAAAAAGCUGAAUUUGUUCUUGCUGGCACUUUGUAUGACAUGCAAGGCCACACAACUACUAGAACCACCACCACCACCACUACUACUAUAGAAAUUGUAUGUUUUUGUAACAUGGGCGAAUGAAUAAAGCAAUGCACUCCA